AGGAUUGCCUGAUGCAUAAACAUGCAGAACAACACUCCCGUGACCGAGUUCAUCCUGUUGGGAAUCCCUAACACUGAAGGGCUAGAGAACAUGCUGUUUGUCCUGUUUUUGGCCUUUUACCUCUUCACCUUGCUGGCAAACCUGCUCAUCUUCCUCACCAUCUUGGUUUCUGCCAACCUCCACACCCCCAUGUAUUUCUUCCUAGGAAACUUGUCAGUGUUUGACAUAUUUUUCCCUUCUGUGAGUUCCCCCAAAAUGAUGCUCUACCUAAUGGGGCAGAGCCGGACCAUCUCUUACCAGGGCUGUGCCUCCCAGCUCUUCUUUUACCACUUCCUGGGGGGCACUGAGUGUUUCCUCUACACGGUGAUGGCCUAUGACCGCUUUGUGGCUAUUUGUCACCCCUUGCAUUACACGGUCAUCAUGAACCACAGGGUGUGUGCGAGCUUGACACUGAGCACUUGGCUGGGUGGCUGUCUGCACGGAAGUAUCCUCACACUUCUGGUCUUUAAAUUGCCCUACUGUGGCCCCAGGGAGGUGGACAAUUUCUUCUGCGAUAUCCCUGUGAUGUUGCCCCUGGCCUGUGCAGACACCUCUCUAGCUCAGACAGUGAGUUUUACUAACGUGGAUGUUGUGACCCUUACAUGCUUCUUCCUUAUCCUUACGUCCUAUGGCCGCAUUGUCCUUUCCAUAUUGAAAAUCAGCAGCUCCGAAGGCAGGCGCCGAGCAUUUUCAACCUGCAGUGCCCACCUGAUUUCCAUCUUCUUGUUCUAUGGGCCUGUGAUGCUCAUCUACCUCAGGCCUGCUUCCAGCCCCUGGCUAGAUUCUGUUAUUCAGGUAUUAAACAAUAUUGUCACUCCUUCUCUUAAUCCUUUGAUUUACACCUUGAGAAACAAGGAUGUGAAAUGGGCUCUGAGGAAAGUGUUAACUCAAGUGGUCCACAUUUCAGGGGUAUGA